UCUGGUCAAUCCAGUCUUGGUAGUGUGGUGAUCAGACCCAGUUGCCUCUCGAAGAUGACAACAACACUACAAUCACGAAAGACUAGCUGCCCCGCGACAGUUCCAAGACCGGUCUUUAUUUAUGGGACGUUAUGCGCCAAACCCCUUCUCGCCUGGGCUUUGACAGGUAGCGCCGCUCAUGUCGACCAAAUCACGGUCCUCAUCUCUCCAGCUAAGGCGUUAAAUGUCGCCCGCUACUCAGUACACGGCUGUGACUACCCAGCUGCGAUCAAAAAGCAAGGUUCAUAUGUAACUGGAUAUCUCCUACAGCCACAGACGCUUUCCUAGCGCAAAAAGCUCGACGAUUUCGAAGGCGAGACGUACCAAGUCGAAACUAUUAUAGUUUUAGUAUCGGGGGUAGACGUUAAAGCAGAUAUCUAUCUGUGGAAUAGUGACCAAGAUUCGGUCUCUAGUCGGCAGUGGGAUUUAGAAUGGUUUAUUUAGGAAAGAUUGGAAGACUGGAUUGAUCUAUUCGAGGGUAUGGAGUUGGUUAGGGAUGAUAGUCAAGAUUCAUGACUAUCAGAC